AUGGACAAGUCUGCCAUGUCUCGGCGAAACACACGAAAACGACCGGAAGAAGUCUCUGAUCCAACCACCAUAGCCAUCCAAGCGCCACAACGCAUCCUUGAGCUGAAGAAAGAGCGCGAUGAGAGGGCCAGAGCCAUUGUCGUCCAGGCAGAGAUUGCGCUCUCCUCAAUGACGGAGCAAGCUUCUGCAUACCAGAAGCAGCGUCACCGACAACGGGCGUCGGAAAAGGCAGAGCGAUUGAGAAGAGUAACGGACCUCAUAGACCGGAGAAGGCAAAUCGAAAUCAAGAUGGUAGAAGUGGUGACGAGAAUACAGGACACUGUGCAUGAAGUAGAGAGCUUGAUGCUGACGGGAUGCAAAGGAAGAGAAAAGGAGGCCCAGCAGGCAUUGAAAGCUUUGACUGACAAACAUCACCCAAUCCAAAGUAUGACAUGA